AUGGCCUUCAGCUUGGGCAACAGGACCAACCCAAUUCCUAUACCUAGUGAUGACGCGCCACUGCCAUCGUAUAUUGCUCGCCAUUUCAACUUUGGCUUUGACGCCGACGAUGUGUCCGCCUUGAUCUCCUCCAUCGACGCAAGCCAGGACCAUGGGUCUACCUCAACCCUGCCGCAGUUGCCUGCCGAAAUCCUCUUUCACAUCGUCGAAUGCGUACCCAUCGAUCAUGUUCUACAAUGGCGGCUGGUGUGUCGCGGCUUCCGCGACUGCAUUGACGGCCCGGUCAUGUACAAUUGCAUAAAACGAGCCGAGGUUUUUGGGAUUGUGGCCUCCCCUUCAACACUCGACUGGGCCGGAAUACCCUCAGAUCUCCAAGAAAUCCUCUCUCACUUCCGUUGUAGAUUCGAACGUCUAGAAGACUCCAUCGAAGCACCGAAUCCCAGAAAAACGAACGCGAAGUGGAGAGGGCUCCAUGCUGUAUUUCGCAUUGAUGAUGGCUGGCACGAACAACUUCUCCGAAUCGAAACACUAUUCAACGAUGCAAACAAAGAAAAAAACUGGCUUUACGUACUCCUGAGACUGCAUCUUCAUGACUUCGUCGCCUCACCCCGUAAAGCAGAUAGCUUCGGGAAGAUGAGAUGGUGCAUGCGGUUGGACAACGCAGUUCUAGAUCUCGACUUCUCCAUCCAAGCAUUGCGAGAAAACCUCAUCCUCGACUUGCCAAGCAAAAAGAUUAUGUUCGAGUGGAAGGGUCUCCUUCUCCGGUUCAUUCAAGGCGAAACGCAACUCAGAACAAUCAUGGAGCAGAAACGGGACUCCAAGUUCUCAUUUGGCCACGAAGAAGAUUGUUUAAGGGAGACUCGGCGGCGGCGGAUUCGUGCUAGCUUGAAUGAGAACAUCCCGGGCCAUUCUCUCCUGCGCUGGGGACUCAGCACGCUGCCACCACUUUUCGGAAAGCGAAAAAAACAUGAGCCGGCCGAGGAAUUUCGCGACUUGAGGCGUGCCGAGGACAGUGCAAUGAGAUUUCUCAUGCCCCUCCGUAGGGAACUAGCAAUGAGCCGUACUGAGCGCGACCGUCUCUGGCAGCUAGCUAAGGAUUAUGUCGAUAUGAUUGACGCGCUGGAGAAUAUCGAGAAGCAAUACACGGGGUGGAAGAACACUUUACUGACGACAACUGUUGUGCCAAGUCCGAUUCGCUUUGCACGUUCGAAGAAUCCCUUCAGGUGGACUGAAGCAGAGAGGCACAGGAGAGAGGCACGAGUCCUGAAGUGGAAGGCUCAGCAGGAUAACAUGCAACAGGUAGCACGCCUUUUGGAAGAAUCCCUCGAGGCAGUUUCUGUGCCUGAAAAUGCUUUUGACGAGCUUGGAAGUGACAUUUGA